AGUUGGAAUGAUCAGAAACGGCGAUCCGCAGAGCUAAGAAAUGAUCAUAUUUUGUGCAUGCCUCCUCGUUUUACAAGUAGUGUUAGGUGCGGACAAGAAUGGAACGGACAAAAUCCAGACGUUUGUUAUCCCUCACAGUCAUAUGGAUGUGGGCUGGGUAUACACAGUUCAGGAGAGCAUGCACGCGUAUGCCGGGAACGUGUACACCACCGUGGUCGAGGAGCUGAGCAAGGAGACGCACCGCAAGUUCAUCGCUGUGGAGCAGGAGUUCUUCCGCCUGUGGUGGGACUCUGUAGCCACGGACAAGAACAAGAAGCAGGUGAGACAGCUGCUCAAAGAGGGACGCCUGGAGUUCAUCAUCGGGGGUCAGGUGAUGCACGAUGAAGCCGUGACAGAUCUGGAGGAUGAGAUACUGCAGCUGACAGAGGGCCACGGUUUCCUGUACGAGACGUUUGGAGUUCGGCCUCAGUUCUCAUGGCACGUGGAUCCGUUCGGAGCCUCCGCAACCACGCCCGUCCUGUUCGCCCUGGCGGGAUUCAACGCUCACCUCAUCUCGCGCAUCGAUUACGACCUCAAAGAUGGCAUGCAGAAGGACCAGAGGCUGCAGUUUGUGUGGAGAGGAUCACCCUCAUUAGGGGAACAGCAGGAGAUCUUUACUCAUACAAUGGACCAGUUCAGCUACUGCACUCCCUCUCACCUGCCCUUCUCCAACAGGUCUGGGUUUUAUUGGAAUGGUGUGGCCUUGUUUCCUGACCCCCCCAAAGAUGGCGUGUACCCCAACAUGAGCCUUCCUGUCACGAAAGACACCUUGCACGCCUAUGCUCAGACCAUGGUGGACAACAUCCAGCAGAGGGCAGCAUGGUUCAGAACCAAGCAUGUGCUGUGGCCCUGGGGCUGUGACAAGCAGUUCUACAACUCAUCCGUGCAGUUCAAGAACAUGGACCCACUGCUGAAUUACAUCAACCAGCACAGUGAGGAGUUUGGAGUGACGGUGCAGUACGCCACCCUCAGCGAAUACUUCCAGGCUAUCCACCAAUCAGAUCUCUCCUGGGAGGUGAGGGGAAGCCAGGACUUCCUCCCUUAUUCCACUGAACCAUUUCAGGCAUGGACUGGGUUCUAUACCUCCCGGAAUGUUCUGAAGGGCGUGGCUCGUCGGGCAAGUUCCCGGCUGCAAGCUGCGGAGUCUCUCUUCGCGCGGUACUGUGCCAGUAACCCCGACGGUCCUGUCCCCAAGGAGUGGGCGCUUGAGAAGCUGAGGGCACUUCGCUGGGCUGUCUCUGAGGUUCAACACCAUGAUGGUAUCACAGGCACAGAGUCACCCAAGGUGGCUGACAUGUACCUGCAGCACCUCACCCAGGGCAUGAUGGGAGUGGAGGAACUCCUGGCUGUGCUGUUCUUACUUCCACGGACUCUUGACCCCCCUGCCGUCCUCUACGGACAGGACAUGAGGAAAACAGACUCUUCCCAGGACCCCGAGCAGCACAUCAUUGUUUACAACCCCCUGGCCUGGAACAUCACCACGCUCAUCAACGUCACGGUAACAUUCCCCAUGGCAUCCGUUUACGAUGAAGAUGGACAUCCAGUUCCUGCACAGAUCCAGAGGUCGGCAGAGUCCGUCUCCUCCUACGACCUGUUCAUCGUCACAGCGCUGCGGGGACUCCAUUACAGGAAAUACGUCAUCAGGCUGUCUGAGUCACCGUGCCGGGAGAAAACCACGUGCGGGUCCACGUACGCCGCGAAGGUGGUGACGUUCGAGCGGCAGACGGUGAACCCGUCCAAAAGGAGCGGGCGGAGACGUCUCCCCGUGGUGAACGACUGCUACAAGCUGAUGUUCGACCAGGACACAAACCUGCUGCACAGCAUUACGGACAGGGAGAAGAAGAUGACUGUUAGGGCAACCCAGGAUUUCAGGGAAUACCACAGUAAUGGAGAUGUCGAUGCGGGACCGAUCUCAGACAACUAUAUAUUCAGCGCCAACGGGUCAGCCAUACCUGCGUACCAAUCCGUCGGAAUGGAGAUUGUCCCAGGAAAGGUGGUGACUGAGAUCAGACAGUACUUCUACAGAGAAGGGAGUGAUAAGGACUAUGCGUACGCCAUAUACACCAGAGUGCCAGAGGGCUUUGAGGGCCUCGUGCCGUGCCACCGGAUCGAGCAGAGCUACAGAGUGGGCCCCCUGCUGGUGAACCAGGAGGCGGUCCUCAUGACCAGCACUAGCCUGCGCAACAACAGGACCAUCUUCACAGACAACAAUGGCUACCAGAUGCUGAGGAGACCGUACAGGAACUUUACCAACAACUCAGUGGCCAGAAACUACUACCCCAUGGUGAGGGCAGCGUAUAUGGAGGAUGAUACGACCAGACUGGGCUUCCUGAGUGAAAGAGCACACGGCGUGUCCAGCCAGGACCAGGGUCAACUGGAGGUGAUGCUUCACCGACGUCUGUGGAACAACCAGGAGUGGAAUUUGGGGUAUAACCUGACCCUGAAUGAUACCUCAGUGGUGCGCCCCGUCCUGUGGAUGAUCCUGGGGUCCCAGACCACCACUGCUUCACUGUACCAGAGGGAGGUGCUGGAGCUCCAGCACCGGCCUGUGGUUAUGCUCAUGGACAUGCCCCAGAAAGCCUGGAGGGCACAAGAAUCCCAAAAUGGAGCCCCAGUCAACCCCGUGGUGCUGCCCCCUAACCUUCACCUGCUCACGCUGAGUGUCCCGGGCUGGGGGUACAGCUCCAAUCACACCCAGAACCUAUGGGACAUCCAGAGAGACACAAAAGGUGGACCAGACUUUGAUCGGGUUCUUCUGAGGAUCAUGCACCUGUAUGAGGUGGGAGAAGACCCAGUACUGUCCAAACCUGCGACCAUAAACCUGAAGGAAGUCCUGCAGGAUUUGGGCGAGUUGAGGCUGGUGGAGGAGCGUUCUCUCACAGGAACCUGGGAUAUCUCUGAGCUCCAGAGGUGGAAGUGGAGGACUGUGCAGGGCACAAAUCCAGAGGGAGGACGCUCUCGUGCUGGAAGAACACAGGACUUCAGCAUGACCAUAUCGCCCAAGGAAAUCAGAACCUUCUUCCUGCACUUCACAUAAGUCACCUGACUGCCAAAUUCAUCUUCUGUGAAGAUAACCACAACAAUAUUUCCUUGUAAGCACAGGCCAAAAAAAAAAAACAGUUGCCAUUUUUAAAGGAAUUGAGAUUUUCGAUCUUAUGAGAAACCAUGCAACUUGUAAAUAUUGCUGUCAAAUAAAGGUGUCA